CGAAUAAAACCCUAAUAAGCACCUUGCUGACCUGCCAUAACUUCAGAAUGUAUUAUUUUGCUCACUUUUUGGUAUUUUCCAUUACGUCUCUAUUGGUUUCCGGACAGGAGUAUACAGUUCUUCCAGUAUCGAUAGAGAAAUGUAAAGUCCACGGAGAUAACGAAUUGAGCUAUAAUGUGGGUCUAACAGAUCAGGAUGGAACCAAAACAUUCUCUAUCGAAGCCGAAUUAUCUUCGACUUUAAAUGAAAGCUGCACGUUUUCCGCAGAUGUGGAUCUGUGGAGUGGCUCGCAAUACAAUCACUACAUGAACGCCGAUGGCAGUGCAUGCGAAUCUAUAGAAAAUAUGUUAAAAUCAGCUUGGGGAAGAUUCAAGUCCAACCUAGAGCCAUCGGUAGAGGACUCAUGUACUUUCAAGCCAGGAAAGUACUCCAUAUCGGAAUUCCAAGUGAGCAGUGGUGAGAUUAACGUGCCGAUUCCGUCUAAAGGGUUAUUUAAAGCCCACGUGCAUUUAGUGUGUGAUAAGAGCGAAGUUGUCUGUCUUACAGUGGAAUUUGAGGUGAUUGAGGACGAAGACUAAUGGUAACCUCGAAGGUGAUUCCACAUCUCACUGUCUUUGGUUUGCAUGGUUUGGUUUAAAUAAAAGUGUAUCAAUUACA